GCUCUUACGAUUAAAUUCAUAUUUUAACUUCUUAAAAGAAUUUUAAUGUCAUCACACAAUUCAACAUGUAUUUAAAAUGCAUAUUAUAUGUUACCUUAUUUUAUUGUGUUCAAAAUGGUACUGCUGUUACGAAACUUGAGAUGUUGGAAAACUAUUUUGAUAAAAAUGGUUUACUGCCCUAUGAUUUGUAUGUAUCGUUUGUACGACAAAACUAUAAUUCGGCAGACUAUUACAAAGAAUUGGUCACUGAAAUUGGUCCAGAAAUCGCGCAUGGUAUCAAUAAGGAAACAUUUACUUGGGCAAUUAGUAGAGUAGACACUGAAGUUCCAUGUCCACCAGAUUUCAAUCCUAAAAUCACUGCUGGUUCAAGUCAACAUGCAAAUCUUCUCGAGAAGUCCAAAGGAAUGGAUAAAGAUUUUGAUGGGGAAUAUUUUGAUAGAACUAAAUAAUAUAUAACGAUGCACAUUAUAUAUUAUUAAUAAAUAACACCGAAAAUAUUAGAUUAAUACAUAUUGUUUUAAUGAUUUUGUUGAAUUAUUUAUUCCUGCAGAUUUUUGUUGUACCGUACCGUGUAUUUAAACAUUAAAAUUGUAUCACUCCAUUAGUUUGUAACAGAAACAU